AUGAGAACAAACGGUUCGCUCACCUUUGCGUUAUAUUGUACAGCUAUGUCCACCAGGUUCAUAGAGGUGGUUGUAGAGUUGGAGCCCUACCUGGAUUCGCUGGUGGUACAUCCGACAAGCAGAAACGCCAGCAGAAAGACGUUGACAAAUAAAAUAAGAAUCAUCCCGAUCUUGGGACCCUUACGUAGCAGAAACACAAAUGCCAUUGCUACCAACUACAGGGCCACUCGUGUGAUUUAUAUAUGCUGGUUCAUUGCACGCUUAGAAGCUUUGGUGUGUCAAACAUGGCGUACAGGUCAAUUUGCUUGUUGGCGAGAGUCCAGAAUUUCACACAGACUCAUUACUGAUACAGUUCUAAAACAACUUUUAGUCUCAAAAAAUAUGUCAAGAUUUGAUGGGGUUUUGAAAAAAAUCACGAGAAUCCCUAAACGCGGGCAUCCGUCGCUCGCAUACGACUUGUUCCGCCCCUCAACUGUUAGUCAGACUCCGCCGUUGGUGUUUCUCCAUGGAAUUCUGGGAAAUCGCAAGCAUAAUCGGCAUGCCGGCAAGACACUUGCCGAGAAUCUCAAAACAAGUGUUUUGCUUCCAGACCUGACCAACCACGGCGACUCGUUGAACACACCGGUCCACAGCUACAAGGGAAUGUCAGAGGAUUUGGCACACCUGUUUCGGGAACCGGCACUCAAAGAAACGUUUGCCAACGGGUACAUAAUGAUCGGCCACUCGAUGGGCGGAAAAACGGCAAUGUACCACGCUCUAGAUUAUCCGGACCUGGUGAAAGCUGUGAUUACGGUGGACAAUAUCCCGUACAAAAACCCCGAGGAGACAAGUCCAGAGUUUGGCCGGUUCUCCAAGUUCUUUAGAUUCGUGGAGAGCCUUCCUUCCGAAAAUGGUCUUUCGAGACUGGAAGACGUUGAUAGAAAAUUAAAGGAGCUAGAAUCUGAUGCAACUUUUCGAAAGUUUCUAGUGUCGAACUUUGGAAAACACAAGUCUGACUCAUUCUACCAUCCCAAAAUCCCGGGCAAGGUGCUUGAAGAUUCGCUAAAAAGCCUCAUUGAGUUUGACGUGGAUCCCGGGAAAAUAUAUUCGGGGCCUCUUUUGAUCAUCAGAGCGCUCAACAGUCCGUUUGUGGGCACCGUGGACCGUCCAGCCGUUGAGAAACACUUCCCGAACUUCGACGUGGUGGACUUCAACACCACCCACUGGGUGAUUUCGGACGACGAGGCUGGGUUCGUGUCUGCGGUGAAGAACUGGUUAUCAGAUCAAGAUCUUGCCGGAUAG